AUGUCCCGAAAUCCGGAUGCCGCUCCAGCUGUUCAUUGCAAAUGGGAUUUUUGUACAGACACUUUCUUUACCUUCUCAGAGUGGGAGACUCACUUCACCGUUGAGCAUAUUGCCUAUGCUCAACCGGUCGUUCUGACCGGCCGGAGAUUGAGGAAAAGGGAGGCAGAAGGUCACUGGGAAUUGGUAGAUGAGGAAGCUCGUCCUGCAGAGCAAUUACCUAUCAAUCCUCACCCUUCUCAAACGACCGGUGACACAACAACAACUACUCAUACACUUUCAUUUCCCAUACCGCCAUCAUUCCAAUCCAUACCUGAUCCACCGGCCUCAAUGUCAACCAACUUGCUUCUACCACCUGAAACAUUCGAUGACAACGACGAUGGGCAUGAUAGAUCUCACGAUAUUGAUUAUCAAGAACAAGACAGAUUGUACAGCUCCUUCCUAAGGUCACCAUCCCCUGCAAUAGGCCAACAAGCUUCUGGCUCUAGGAUAGCAUCGGGCUCAGCUAGCUACCAGCCUCCUCCACCAGGCCAAAGAUCUCAAACACCGCCUUGGACUGAUACUCAAGCUCUAUCUCACUCCCAACCUUCUCCUUACUCCCCUCACCCUUCUGGGUCGCGACCGAUCACGUCUCAACGACCAACACCGUCUACGCCGGAGAUACCUCGUUCUGGUGAUGUGCCUGCCGUCCCAGUGUUUACAUCCCCAUUUCAACCCUCUCAAGCUUCUUCUAAAUCUCACUCAACGCCAAAUCGCUCCGACACUUCCCAAGUGAAUUCAAACCGAGAAAGAGCUGACUCGACGGGGUCACAAACAGCUCCCGGUGCCAUUCCUCUCAGAUUUGGUGCAGCCUUAUCGACCGGGGAACGUGGAUCACCUUUCAAGGACAGUCCUAAAGCAGCAGGAUCAACAAGUGCUGGAGUCGGCUUUGGCUGGGGUGGUGGUGGAUCGUCAUAG